GACGCUUCGAUAGACUUAACAGUUCUCAACUUUGGUCUUAUUGGUGUGGAUACAGUUCUGAACUUUGGUCCUAAUUGUUGAAGAUACUUGCUGUAACUAAUUUGGUCGGAAUCGAUUCUGGUUCAUUCAAACUAACGAUGACGAAAACGAGAAGGAUGAAGUACAGCGAUGACAGUUCCCAAGACACAGACAAUUAUAAUGCUGAAAAUAUUAUUCCUUCAGUUUCUAAGGUGAAUUCACCUAUUUCUUUAAAUCUUGCUCUUGAUAAUGUUUUACUUAACCCCAAAGACAGCUGUUCUGUAAGGGACAACAAUGUAGAGACUAGAUGUAGCAUAGAGGACGAAGUAGUUUCUAGGGAGAAGGAAGUAGAAAAGAUUGAGUUGGAGAUUAGAGAACUUCAACUACGCAAACGAUUGUUAGAGUUAACCCCGAACUCUUUAAGCCAAGUGAGAAAAGUGAGUGAGACUAAUGAGUCAUUGGGGUCUCGAUCUGGAGACGUAACACCAGCAGCCGUGUUAAGGCGCCAAUACACCAAUACACAUUUGAGCGAAGCGGUACAAUUUAAAGCACAGGCGGAUAGUAUCAAGUCACUAGUUAUGACAGCCAGUUUACCUAAGAUAGAGGUUAUGAAAUUUGAUGGAAGUCCUUUGAAAUUUUGGACGUUCAUAAAGGGAUUCAAGGCUAACAUUGCCGACAGAGUAGAGGGUGAUACUCAGAAAUUAAUGUACCUGAUACAUUAUUGUGAAGGAGCAGCUAAGGACGCUAUAGAGCACUGUGUUUUGUUACCAGAAGGAGAAGGUUAUACCAAAGCUAUUAACAUUCUACACAACCAGUUCGGUAAACCACAUGACAUAGUAGAAGCGUUCUUAACAGAGUUGUUAAAUGGAGUGCCACUAAAUCAAGACGAUAUAUCGGGACUACAGAAACUAACAAGACUCAUGACUAACUGUAAGAUAGCCUUGACACAGAUGGGCAGAAAUGCCGAUCUGAAUUGUUCGACCAAUCUAAAACGAAUAGUGAGACGACUUCCACGAAGUAUACAGUUUAAAUGGGCGGAAGCUGUAGACGAUAUUUUAAGAAGGGGUCUAGAACCCAAUUUUGAUGAUUUGUUACAAUUCUUGGAAAAGAAAGUGUCAAUUGCCACGAACACUUACGGACAGCUAGCAAGUGGGAGCUACAAAGCUCAAACGACAUCGAACAACCGGUCUGCUCCCACUAAAGCUAAGAUUCAUACAUCGUCGAGCAAAGGAAAGGUUCAUUGCGUAAUUUGCUCUGGUUCCCAUGAAGUCGUGUCUUGCCCACAACUGCUAGCAGUAAGUCACAACGAAAGGUUAGAAUUACUGAGGAAGUUUAAGCUUUGCUUUAGUUGUUUAAAACCCAAUCAUCGAGCAAAAGACUGUCGGCAACCCGUGUUGUGUGAAAUCGAUGGCUGCAAGCGACGUCAUCAUAGAAUUCUUCACAACACAGAACCUGAUGCUAAACAAACAUGCUGUAAUUCUACUUAUUCUGCUGGAACGUAUUUGGGAUUUGUACCAGUCAGGUUACAUGGUCCCACAGGACAUGUAGAUACCUAUGCAUUAUUGGAUAAUGGCUCGGACUCGACACUGCUGCUUAGUGAUGUGGCAAAGCAGGUAGGAAUUUCGGGUACAGUGACAAGAUUGAGCAUAUCUUCUGUAAUUGGAGCGUCGUCUCAGAACGCUGAACUUAUUAAUUUCGAAAUCGAAUCUUUAGACAAGACUAAUCGAAUAAAAAUCGAAGGUGCAUAUGCUAUAAAUAAUCUACCUAUUAAAAGGGCAGAAAUCCCACCAAUGGACUUCCAAGAAAGAUGGAAACACUUGAAAGGUGUACAGCUACCCACCAUAACCUGUGACAAGGUCGGUUUGUUACUUGGUGUCGACGUCCCAGAGGCCCACUGGGUCAUCGAUCAGCGUAUCGGGAAACCUAAACAACCCUAUGCCUCAUUAACUAUGUUAGGAUGGGCUUUAUUUGGACCGACGGGUCAACUUGGUAAAACUUCAGCCUUCAUAAACUGUCUAGAAGCAAGAAAUUCUGUCGAGGAGGAUAUUCUCAAACUAUUUGAACAUGAAUUUUCUGAAAAUAAGUACUCUGAUGAGGUUACCAUGUCCCUAUGUGAUAAGACCAUUAUGGAAACUACUGACAAACAAACAGUAUUACUUGAUGGACAUUAUCAAGUGCCAAUACCCUGGAAAGUGGAUUGGCACUCACUUCCAAGCAAUAAGCGUGAAAUAGAAAAACGAUUAAUUUACCUACGUAAAAGGUUACUAAAGGACGAACAGCUUCGAAAACAGUAUACUAUUAUAUUAGCUACCCACGAAAGUAAAGGAUAUUUGUCUCGAGUAACACAAGCUAUCGAAGAGGAAAGGUAUUUUAUCCCACAUCAUCCCGUGUUUAACUCUAAAAAACCAGGUAAAGUUCGGAUAGUCUUUGAUUGUGCUGCUAAGUUGCAAAACAGGUCUCUAAAUGAUUGUAUACAUUCUGGACCAGAUCUUACAAACGAUCUUGUGGGAGUUUUACUUAGAUUCAGAAAGCAUAAAAUUGGACUGUCAGCAGACAUUGAAGAAAUGUUCCUCCAGGUACAUCUACCUGAAAGGGAUACAAAGGCCUUCAGUUUUUUAUGGUAUCCUAACGGUAACCUUGACUCUUCUCCUGAGAUCUAUGAGUUGCAUGUACACCCUUUCGGGGCUACGUCCUCACCGUUUUGUGCUACUUAUGCUUUAAAACGUACGGCUGCAGACCACGAAGAUUUGUUCGAUGAAAAAACACAGUCCGCCUUACGAGAAAAUUUUUAUGUAGAUGAUUGUCUGGUCUCAGUAGAAACAGUAUCUGAAGCUGCCGAGUUAGCAAUUAACCUGACAAGACUCUUAGCGCUUGGAGGUUUCCGUCUACAUAAAUGGGUUAGUAACGUAAAUGAAGCGCUGAACGAUAUCCCUAUAGACGACAGGUCAAACAAUUUGGUUCGUAUACCAGGCUCAACCGAACGUAUACAGAGAACUUUAGGACUCUGUUGGCACACGCAAUCCGAUUGUUUCGCAUUUGACGUAAAUCUCCCUGAACGCCCGGUCACUAAGAGAGGCAUUCUAUCAUGUGCAUCAUCGUUAUAUGAUCCGCUUGGGUUCUUAGCGCCUUUAUCACUUAUACCUAAACGAAUUCUUCAACGGCUAUGUCGUAAAAACUAUGGGUGGGAUGAGAUCAUAGACGAGGAGUCACGGUUGAGUUGGGAAGGUUGGUUACAAGCAGUUGCAGGUGUCAGAGACCUAAGGAUACCACGAUGUCUCAAUAUUGAGUCGUACGAUAAAGGGCAGAUUUCUUUACAUCUGUUUUCGGAUGCUUCAGAAAGCGGUUACGGAGCUGUAGCCUAUAUGAGAUUACAAUAUGAUGCAAGUAUAACGAGAUGUAGCUUCAUCCUAGGCAAGUCUAGAAUAGCACCCCUAAAAUUUGUCAGUGUUCCUCGCCUUGAACUACAAGCCGCAGUACUGGCAGUGAAGUUGAUGAAGCAAAUAUUAGAAGAAAUAAAGCUAAAGUACAUGACUGAAAUCUACUUUUGGACGGAUUCUAUGAUAGUAUUAAAUUACAUAUUUAAUACGACGUCACGUUUCAAGACAUAUGUAGCUAAUAGAAUUAACUUUAUUCACGAGCGAACUAAGCCAUCUCAAUGGAGGUAUAUACCAUCAUCCAUCAAUCCUGCUGAUCUUGCUUCCAGAGGAAUAUGUAAGUAUGACUCUAAUUGUAUUGAAACUUGGCUUUCAGGUCCCGAGUUCCUAACGACUGAGAAAGAUAAAUGGCGUGAGUAUAGACGAGAAGAAAUAUUAAAGCUCCCAGUUGAGCUAGAGUUAAAGAACGCCACAACCUUGGACACCAUGACUACAGUUUUUCCCUUUGAUAAAUUUAUAUCCUAUUUUUCGUCAUGGAUUAAACUCAAACAAGAUGCAGCUUGGCUCAUCAGAUUCAAACGUUACCUCUGCAAUAAAACGACCGUAAAGGGUCCCCUUACGCUUAACGAAUUGGAUAAUGCCGAAAGAGACCUACUAAAAUACGUACAAGAGCAAGAGUUUGCGGAAAUUAUACAAUGGAUUAAACGACACAAGCAAUCUGAUAACAUUCCGUCCAAAAAUCAUGUCAUUAAUAAGCUACGUCCAAUCGUGAUUGACAACCUGAUUCGCGUAGGAGGACGUUUGAACCGUAGUGAUCUUCCGGUAGAGCAGAAACAUCCAAUUAUUCUACCCAGCAAACACCCUAUAACGGAGCUUAUCAUUCGUCACUACCAUCAAGCUGACGGACACAUGGGGGUGUACUACACACUAGCCGCCUUGCGCAAAAAGUUUUGGAUCUUAAAGGGCACUACUGCAAUCAAGAGGAUCAUACAUAAAUGUAUAGGCUGCCGCAUUAGAUCAGCCAGGCCGAUGUCACAACUGAUGGGAGACUUGCCACCUACGCGGAUAACACCCGACUUCCCGUUCGCAACGACAGGAGUAGAUUAUUUCGGCCCAAUCACGAUUAAGGAGGGACGCAAACCUCGAAAGUGUUACGGAUGCUUAUUUACGUGCUUCAACACCCGAGCAGUUCACAUAGAAGUUGCCUGCGCAUUAUCAAUCGAUUCUUUUCUAAUGGCGUUGUCUCGCUUCUCAAAUCGCAGGGGGACGCCGAAGAAGAUAUAUAGUGAUAGAGGAACCACAUUCGCUGGAUUAGAGAAAGAAAUACAACUUCUAUUACCAGACUUUAAAGAUAAUAGAGUAGCUAAGGAAAUGAUUCGUCGAAAUAUCGAGUGGCACUACAACAUCCCUUACGCAAGUCAUCGUGGAGGUAUAUGGGAAAGAUUAAUAAGGAGCAUACGUAGAAUUUUGAGUGCUGUAUCUGGCGAGCAAACUAUGACCUACGAGACACUCACCACUUAUUUGACUGAAGUAGAAAGAAUACUUAACGAUAGACCUUUAGUUCCAGUUUACGACGACCCAGAACAACUUGAGACAUUGUCACCUAAUAAUCUACUUUUGUUAAGAAAACCUAGCCUUCAUCAGAUUGAAAUAAGCCUACGUGAGCGUUAUUCCCGACAAUGGCGACAAGCGCAGCUGUUGGCAACUACAUUUUGGCGUCGUUGGAUAAAGGAGUACUUACCACUUUUACAGACACGAGCAAAGUGGACACAAGGGAGACGAGAUCUACGAGUUGGUGAUCUAGUCUUGAUUAUUGGAGACACCUACACACGAAAUAACUGGCUUAAAGGUCUAGUGGUAAGUAUCAACCCAGAAGAAGAUGGGCUAGUGAGACAAGCGAAAAUCAGAACGUCGAAAGGCAUAAUUAUUAGAGAUAUACGUAAAAUUUGUUUAUUAGAAGGAGCGGAUAACUGAACAGUAGAGGAUAGAUAGACGCUUCAGAGUGACUGUGGCUAGAGUAAAUUGUACCAUGGUCACCUCUGAAUGAUGUUACGUUAGUUCCCAAUCAGCGAAAGUGAGGAAAGACAUGCUGUCUUUGGGGGGCGGUGUUAAGUUUGCCUUACAUUGUUCCUAUUCUCUCUCCUUCCACUUCUUUGUUUAUUGUUUUAUACUACUUAUUUAUAUUCAGUAAGCAGUUGUAUCCUUAACAAUUUUCACAUUUACAUUGUAACGCAAGUUGUACUGUAACAUUCGGAAACGUUCCCAUAUAUUUAUAAUGUUUAUUGCACUUAUCAUUGUAUUUGUCAUUGUAAUCACGGUACUUUAAUUACUGUAACGGUUAUCCACAGUUGCGGAUUUGUUUAAACGCAACAGUUCCCAUAUUGUUUGCUCUUGGUUCGAGUUUCGAUUGUUCAUAAACUGUUGUCCAAUUUCGACACAGCCAUCGGCUGUCUUUGUACUAUCGAAGCCUUUACUAUUUCAUUCUUGAACGACGCGUUAAACGCCUAGACACCUCACAAGUUGAGGUUUGUAAUUAAACUUUGUGUUUAUAUAAUAAUAGAACCGCUUUUGUAGAC